UUCAUUUCAGUACAAGUCCUAGAAAUAUUGAUUCUCACAAGAAAACACUAAUAACAAAAUAUCCAGACAUACUGAUGAGAAAGGUUAUCCUUGCAACAGAGAAAGGAUUCCUAAUUGUACAACUGUUGGAUGACUUCCAUAAUAUUUUGACUGUUAGACUACCAACAAAUCUGAAGCUAUCAUUAGCUACGCACAUGGCUAGUGGCCUACUGGACAUCCAUCCUUCAAUUCCUGCUGUUCCUAUCCCUACAAGAGAUACAAGACACAGCCGAGUGAUUGUGAAGAUAGGGAAUGAAAAUAAAAUUUGCAGAGGAGGAAUUGUUCAAGACUACAUAAAAGAGUUGUUUCAAAGACCAGUGUUAUCAAGAAUGUACUUGGAAACAAAUCACCAAUGCAUUUCACCAAAAUACAUCCAACAACAACUAAAGGAAUUGAGGGUCUAUUCUGGGUUGUUGCACGAUGAGCUCUGUACCCUUGAGUCUACUAAUUUAAUAGAUGAGUUUGAGCAAUCUUUGAAAAGUAUGGAGGACUAUAAAUCAGCCAUUGAUCACAUAUUCCUGUGCUGUCCACAACUGGAACAUUACUUGAAAAAAUUUGUAGUACCAGCACCCGGGGACUGGCCAACUUGGUUUUAUCAAAAGAAACUCAUUGCUCAAGAAGUCAAUGCAGAUGCCAGUUUCCUAUCAGUCAUCCCAGAGCAGGGCCCAUUUCAUGUUUUCCUGAAUCUACAAGAUGUUGUUGUAACAAUUUAUGACUUCUUAUUUAAAAAAGUUUACAAAGAGACAUUUGGAUCUGACUUACCCAACAAGCCAAAGCCUUUUCGCGUCAGCCUGGUAAUAACUGCUGUUUUUCUGGCAUGGGGCAAAUUACGUGAUAAAGUUCUCCUAAAAUUCAAGCUCUGCAAGUACAUAGAGUAUGCUUCCAUUCUGUUUCUUUUAGAUGAGGUGGUUCCCAUAUCAUUCUUCCACUAUCCUGUUACAUUCAGGUCUGGAGACAUGGAAUCAUAUAUAACAAUGAUGUUAAAGUUAUCUCUACUGUUUAUAAUCUGGAAAAAGGCAUCAUUAUGACAGAUCAACACUCUCGAUGCUUAGUGACUUUUCUUUUCACAAACAACAUUUUUCACAGUACCAUGAACUUAAAAAGAAAUGGAUGGCUCUAAUAACAGAAAAGUUGAAAUCUGGCAUAGUGUGCUACGCAGCUUCAUUUCAAAUUAUGACAGUGCUAGUCAAAUUAGGGACAAAGCCCUGUCAUUUGCUGCAUCAAAGACAGAACAGCUCUUUCAUAACUAUUUAACAACACCAUACAGUAGAGGUUAUUCUGAAAAAGACCUAAGUUUGGUGACUGGUACAGCUGCUGAUGCAUUACUGAAAAUCAUCAAGCAAGUUGGUCAAAAUCUGGUAAAAGCAAAGCAGGUUCCACAAGAAACAAAUGCAAGAGGGCAGCCUAAAGGAGACAUGAAAUUUUUUCUUCCUACCUUUGACACCACCAUUACUUCAAAAGCAAUGCCCCUUGGCUACUCAUUUGUAAAAGAAGACCCUUCCACAAUACCUGAUCCUAAAUUAAUCUGUGACUACAAAAACUGCACGCAAUUAUCAACAACCAAUGUCAAUCGCCUUAACUGUUUUCACACAUUUCACAAUUUUUGUUUAGAAGAAGCUGGAGACCAGUGUCCAAUCUGUUCCCCUCACCUUGCUGAAAAAAUUGCAGAAAUCUGUUCAGCAUUUAAUGAAAGCUUGUUAAAACCAACAGCAAAAUCUACUAGAACCCCACAAAGCAAUCAAGAACCUGGUAGUAAUGAUGAGAAUGACAGCAUUAAUGUCAAAAGAAAUUGUGACCCUGAAUACUAUGACUCUGCACAAUGGGAAUCCCACAUUGACAGCGAGUUAAAUUCAUUUGUUGUUGCACAACCACAACUGAGACACAAUGUUCCCAAUCACCAGGCUGCACCUUCACAGGCAAUUAACAUCCAAGUUACCACUCAUCCAGUUGGUUCAUCUACAUUUUGGUUCUUUCCUCCUUACAUAUCUCAGUCAACUCUACUUGGAAGAAAUGGAUCUAAUGCAUUUACUUUUAUCUCACUAAUUUUGGCCCAUUCAUAUAUCACUUCUGCAAACCGAACCAGUAUACAGCUCAGCCGUGGUCCUCCCAUAAACCCUCAUUGGCUUUCAAUGAUGUUAUCUGCAAUUGUUCGUGGCAACAGCAUAUAUGACACUGUGACAAAUGGUUGCGGGUCUCCAUUCUUUAGUGUUGUUAAGGCAAAACCACAUCUAGAUUCAGUAAUUGGGACUGUUUCUCUUGAAGACACCCUCGAUCUGUUAAUUACAUCAGGUAAUCCACAGGUUUUACAAAGUUCACUUGCAUUUUAUCUGCAAAGGCUUGAUCGCGAACAGAACUAAGCAGCAAUAGUCAUAGCUAAUGGAAUGACAAGAUCUCUCGUCGGACACGAUUCAAAGAUCUAUGUUCUAGAUAGCCAUCUACACUAUGCACACGGUCAUAACUUUGGAGCGAUGAUCGGAAUGAGUCCCAAGGCUGACUUGGAAGAAUUCCUCAGAAAUAUAAAGAAACUAAUCUCGCCCACAUUUGAUGUUUGCUCCCUGACAUUUGUCUCGUUUUCACGGCAGCAGUAGAACUUUUGAGUUUCGCGUGCCAGCAAAUCCCACAAACGCCGUCAAACUUGAGGAUUUUACCCUCGAUCCAGCAAAAAAUCUUCCUGGAACCUUAACACGAGUACAUUUUCUUGGUGUAUGUGUAACUUUUUGCUCCCGUUAAGUCCAUUUUGAGCCAAACGUUUGUGUUUAUUGUAACAGCUUUGGGAAACUCGUGUUUCGUCCGCCAUUUUGAAUGACUCUUGUCUCGCGCAUGCGCAGUCGUUCUGCCGCGGUUUCGUGACGUCGUAACUCUUACCAUCCAAGGAAACCCGAUAAGAGCGCCUGGGACUAGGCUGCUUAAAUCUCUCAUGUUGUAUUUGCCAUCGAUCCGAGCAUUUACUUUACUUUGCUAGUAUAUUUUACUCUAUCAAAUUUUAAGAUGCCCCCUAUUUCAUUUCUAGUACACAGUAAACAUCAAUGGAAAAGGUGGGAGGCCUGUGGUCUCAUUAAUUCAUUGAUCAUCCGCUGGAAUUAAAGAAGUCGUCGUGGGCGCGAGCUCCGUCUACGCCCCUGAGAUAUUUCCCAACGCAAUCCAACAUUAAACUCAAGUGCAGCCAAAAAAUGGAGCAGUGUCUUCACUUAUUGGAACCAGAAACUCUGACUUGGUACAGCUAUGUUGCGGGUUUUGCAUGGGUUGUAGUAUUUGUCGUGUUUAUCGGCCCCACUUCGGAUUUUUAUGAGAACGAAUCCCGCGCGGAUUUCAAGUGCAAGACAGAAUCAUUGAAAGAUAAUGCUUGGAUUACUAAACAAUGCUUUGGAAAUUACGAAAAGGACUACAUGAAAAUCAUCCCUAUAUUCGUGUUUGUACUGAUCAACUUUUUCGUUAUCCUCCUUGUGUUUGUGAUCUACUCGUGUUUUACAAAGAGGAGAGUCGAGAGGAUUAAAAACCACGAAACAAAUGAUGCCGAACGCCAGCCACUUCAGCCAACCCAGUCAGAGAACAAAACCAAAUUAGUUUGGUCCUACAUUGGUCAACUCACCGCCAGAAUUCUAUUGGGAAUAAUAUUUAUGGUGUCACAAACUGGGUAUUUUUACCCUAAUGGCUUUCCGUCGAACUUUGAAUGCAGAUCUAUCAAACGGCAAAGGAAUUCCGGCUUUACCUCGGUGUAAGAACCUCACAACUGACGUCACAAGCCACUAACAGUGUUUAUGCUGAUAACAUGUUAUAUCAAUACCUCAACUGCAUAAGUUAUCUCAGGAGAAACUGACUCGAUGGAACGCUAGAUCCGCAUAACUUUAAAUCGCUAGACCGUUGGAUCCAUCGGCCCGAUGGAUCGCUGGGUCGAUGCAUCACUGGGUCGAUGCUUCGCUGGGUCGAUGGAUCGCUAGGCCGAUGAAUAGCUGGGUCGAUGGAUCGCUGGAUCGAUGGAUCUCUGGGUCGAUGGAUCGCUGGGCCAAUGGAUCGCUAGGCCUAUGAAUAUCUGGGUCGAUGGAUCGCUGGGCCAAUGGAUCGCUAGGCCGAUGAAUAUCUGGGUCGAUAUCUCUGGGUCGAUGGAUCGCUCUGGGUCGAUGGAUCGCUGGGCCGAUGGAUCGAUCGGGUCGUCGAGGCCGCGUUUUUCGGUCUGCCUGUGUGGCCAAGAUGGCGGCAUCAGUCGACCCCGUACGUUGUGUAAAACUAAUCAAAUCAUUUAAUAUUGUAUCUUAAAAAGGCGAUACCCCGUCUAAAAAAAGGUUAUAGUAUCAAAUUCUAAUUGUUUUCAUGUAAAGUAUUGCGUGAAAAAAAACGAAAAAAAAAGUUAGAGAAAAGUAAUUUCUCACUUGUUGGUAUUCCUGUGUAUUUUGGACAGCGGUAGGAAAGACAACAUGGCGAUCGUAAACUAUUAUUAUUACUUAUCGAUUUUACUCCUUUAUGUUGCUGUUUUUAUGCGUUCUGCGGCCCACGUAAAUGAGGAAAGUGUAAAAUUUAUCAAGUUGGUAAUUGAGACUACUGACGACAUCGAUAGAUGUACAUUUUCGCCUAUUACUGCGUUCCCACGCGGCCCACGUGUUCAGACAGGGCCUUACAGCAACUGUAAAAGGAUUUACAGUCAUUUCUCUUCAACGGCAAGGCCAUCGCCACAAAAGGUUGAAGAGUAUAUGUCAGAUUUAAAGGCUGCACAACUGGGCACCAUCAAGAAGGCUGGCAGGAUGACUGUCUUUUACAAAGAAUUACCGUCUGUCCUCCAGCACAGAGAGCAUGAGCUGGGUAAUUUCAAUAUUGCUAUUAAUGAAUACAAGGAGCAGUUUUUAGCUAGUGAUGAUCUGCUGACAUCUCUGCAAAAGCAGUCCAUGCUGGAAAAUCACCCCCAGGCAAAUGAUAUUAAGGCAUAUUUUAGAGACCAAACUGUUGACCUAGAUGACUAGACAGUACCUUCUGAUGUUAAUAUUCUUUAUUAUUUAUAUAAACAACAGUGAAACUCCAGGUAAUCUCCCUUGUGAAAACUUGAUAUCUUCACACAUGAAAAUGGCAUAUCAUUUCACAUGUGAAAUAUCACAUUUGGCAUGUGCUUCAUGCUUGUUUUAAGGUUUCAUAAAAAUUACAAUUUGGUGUUAUCUCAUUGUUGUUUCCUUAAUAACUUAAUUGUGGUGCUCACUCUUCGGAUACAUUUUUAACUCCACACAGCAAUGUAAUCCUCCAUUUUAUUAUAUAAACACCAGAUGGUCUCUUGCACGUUAACUUGAUAUAUUUGCAUGUGAAGAAAACAAUAUGCUUUAAUGCUGUUUUUGAAUUUUAUGAAACAAAUUCAAUGAUAUAUAAUAAACAGAUUAUUGCAUUAGCGUGAGGAGAAAGUUCAUCACUUCACUAUGCUUACUCAUGAGAUCAAUUUUCAACAAUCAAGAUAAAAUAUUUCCAUGUAAUAUCCUCAAUCUAUUCAUGCCACAGAAAAUGUUGCUUCUUAGAUGGCAUAUUAUUUGUAUUUGGAAUAAUAUCAUCACAUGAUUUUUCAUAUUUAUUUAUUUUCAUCAAAAUGUGAAUUUUUACGGUUGAGGCUUUAUGGUUACUGUAUGCCAAAAUAUUUGCAAAUUCACUUUAUUAGUGAUCUGAUUUUAUUUAAAUAUCAAGUGUUCUAGUUUUAAGUAUUAGAACUAACCACUUCGUGUGCAGUUGGUGGAUCGUUUUUCGGUAGUGGAUUUUGAAAAAGUAUAUGUAGAUGGGCAAGUGAAUGAAACAGUGAUGACAGUGACUUGUUAACCAUGUACAUAAUACUUUCAAAACUUAUUUGCUUUUCUUGUUCAAAGAAAUGUUCAUAUUCUGCUAUAUUUCAAGUUAAUGUUUUUGUAAAUAGCUUUGAAACAAAACGUUAUUGUUAUGAAUAUCAAUGAAUUGUAUUAUAGUUCUUAUUAUUUACUAUAAGGAAAAAAGAAAUAAAUGAAAACUGUGAGAAACAUGUUCUUCAUAAUGCUGAACUCCUCGUAUUUAUAAACUUUCCUUUGUGGAUUCUGUAUUCUUCAUUAUAAAGGGACAGUUGCCACUUCCUGUGAACCAAAGUUGUUUCAAAAUGAAAGAUUGUGAAUAAGGGCGUACCCAGGGUAACCCAUAUAUAUUUUGGAGGUGUAGGAGAUCCACUUUCCUAUUCCUUUUCUAUUAUUACUUUAGCAUCCCUCCCAUGCAUUUAAUCAGGAACACUAUUGUUGGCCAAAAACGUGCUGUUCUGGAACACCCUUGCCUUGUUGAAUACAGCGGUCUGGGAACAAAUCCACGAAAGUUUUGAAUUCUUACUUCUUAUCUCACUCGGCAAAAUUUUGUGAGAUUUUAUUCAGCUAAUUGCCUGGAGUGUAUUGUACCGAACAACUUCCCACACAAAACAAUUAUGUCUACAAGCAAUACAAUCAUAGAAAGCACUAGUACUUUUAUAUCACCCCUUAAAAGGGUUUACUUAGAAUUGCUGAAAUUACUUUGAGAUUGUUUUUUACUACAAUCUGCUGUUUCUGAUGAAAUUUCUCGAAAUCGGUAGGGUUCCUGCGCAGCCGUAUUUUAAAUUGUCUGAAAUAAAAUAAAAUGUCCAGAAUAACUGAAAAUAGCAACAUUGUGACCUUAUUCACUAACUACGGCCAUUUACCCACAUAUAAGUGAUUUCUUCGUUUGUUACACGCCGAACACGAAGUCAGACUGAUGCCGCCAUCUUGGCCGUGAAGUCUCUUCGACUACUGGACCCUAGCCACACAGGCAGACCAAAAAACGCGGCCUCUUCGAUCGACCCGAUCAACCCAGAGAUCCAUCGACCCAGAGAUCUAUCGGCCCAGCGAUCCAUCGACAGCAAACAAUCGACCCAGAUAUUCAUCGGCCUAGCGAUUCAUUGGCCCAGCGAACCAUCGACCCAGAGAUCCAUCGACCCAGCAAACCAUCGGCCCAGCGAACCAUCGGCCCAGCAAACCAUCGACCCAGCUAUUCAUCGACCCAGCGAAGCAUCGGCCCAGCGAACCAUCGGCCUAGCGAUCCAUCGACCCAGCGAAGCAUCGACCCAGUGAUGCAUCGACCCAGCAAUCCAUCGGACCGAUGGAUCCAACGGUCUAGUGAUCCAACGGUCUAGCGAUUUAAAGAUAUGCGGAUCUAGCGUUCCAUCGAGUCAGUUUCUCCUGAGAUAACUUAUGCAGUUGAGGUAUUGAUAUAACAUGUUAUCAGCAUAAACACUGUUAGUGGCUUGUGACGUCAGUUGUGAGGUUCUUACACCGAGGAUCAGCCGGAAUUCCACUGCUGUCGUUUUCGCCAACAUAACGUAUGAUUGUUAUAACCAGGCGGCGAGUAAGAAAAAACAUUGGGUAAUGGGGUUAUUGGUGGUGAAUGGAGUUUUUGCUUUCGUUGCCUUCGUAGAAUUUCUGUGGGUGUUAUACACGGUUAAAAGAAGGAGAGCUUGUUUCAAUGAUUUGCAAUUUUAUCAAAAUUUCUUAGGAGGGUCCAAUAAGCAACAACUUAAAUUAUCGAAUAUCAUCAGCAAAA